AUGUUAGUUUUACCGGGAAAUCCUGCAUUAUCUUCGUUCAAAACUUCUGCCCUUUUGAAAAUCAUUCAAAUUCAUAUUCCAGAAAUCACUUCUAUAACUUCACUUUAUGUUCAUUUCGUACAACCACUUAAUAAAGAAGCACUUUUGAUUUUAAGUGAUCCUGAAUCAUCUCAAAGAAAAAUUCUCGAUAAUUUAUUAUUUUACGGGAUUUCCGAUCAAGUCUUAAAUGAUUUUAAUCAUGAAAAUUCAUUGAUUAAUCAACUUAAACAAUGUUUAACAUCUGAUAUAACAAAUUCUGUAAAUAAUCCAAACUUUUUUUUAGUAAUCCCUCGACCUGGUACUAUAUCACCAUGGUCUUCAAAAGCUACAAAUAUCUUUCAAAUGUGUAAUUUAAAUAAUUAUGUAGAACGUAUUGAACGUGGUAUAGCAUAUUUGUUUGGUACAAAAGAUUUUACAAAUAUACCUUAUAUUACUUCUGAAAAUUUGAUUUUAUUUGAUCAUCAUUUAUAUGAUCGAAUGACACAAAUUAUAACAAAAUCAAUUCCAACUUCUGAUUAUAUAUUCAAAUAUGGAUCUCCUAGACCUUUAAGAACAGUAGAUCUCAUAAAUGAUGUUGAUAAUAAAAAUAUUAUAAUAGAUCGUAAUUUAGCGCGAGAAAAAUUAGUUAAAGGAAAUCAAAAACUUGGACUUGCACUUGCUGAUGAUGAAAUAGAUUAUUUAGUUGAUGCUUUCACUGGUGAUAAUUCUUUAAAUAGAAAUCCAACAGAUGUAGAACUUUUUAUGUUUGCUCAAGUUAAUUCUGAACAUUGUCGACAUAAAAUUUUUCGUGCUGAUUGGACAAUAGAUAAUGAAAAGAAAUCAAAUUCUUUAUUCGAUAUGAUUCGUAAUACUCAUAAAAUAAAUCCUAAACGUACAAUCUCUGCGUAUUCAGAUAAUGCUGCUGUAUUACAAGGAUUUAAAGCUACAAGAUUUGCUCCUGAUUGUAACAAAGAACAUGAAUACAUUUUAUUUGAUGAAGAUGUUCAUAUGGUUGUAAAAGUUGAAACUCAUAAUCAUCCAACAGCCGUUUCACCAUUUCCUGGUGCAGCUACAGGAUCAGGAGGUGAAAUUAGGGAUGAAGGAUCCGUUGGACAAGGAUCAAAACCUAAAGCUGGAUUAACAGGAUUUAGUGUAUCAAAUCUUUUAAUUCCUGAAUUUAUUCAACCUUGGGAAAUCGAUUUUGGAAAACCUGAUCAUGUUGCUUCUGCUUUGAAUAUCAUUAUUGAAGCACCUCUUGGAGGUGCCGCUUUUAAUAAUGAGUUUGGUCGUCCAAAUAUUACUGGAUAUUUCCGUACAUUUGCUCAAAAAGUACCUACAACUAAUAAUAAAGAUGAAAUUCGUGGAUAUCAUAAACCUAUAAUGAUUGCUGGCGGUGUAGGAACAAUUAGACCAAAUCAUGUUUUCAAAAAAAAAAUUACACCAGGAGCUCAUUUAUUUGUCCUAGGUGGACCUGCAAUGUUAAUUGGUCUUGGUGGUGGUGCUGCUUCAUCAAUGACGAGCGGAGCUAGUACAGCUAAUUUAGAUUUCGCGUCUGUGCAACGUGAUAAUCCUGAAAUGCAACGUCGUUGUCAACAAGUAAUUGAUGCAUGUACUUCAUUAGGAAAUACUAAUCCUAUCCAAUCGAUUCAUGAUGUCGGCGCUGGUGGAUUAUCUAACGCGUUACCGGAAAUUGUACAUGAUAGUGAUUUAGGGUGUAUCAUUAGGUUACGUGAUAUUCCUAAUGAUGAUUCAAGUAUGUCACCAAUGGAAAUUUGGUGCAAUGAAGCCCAAGAACGAUAUGUUUUAGCCGUAACUUUGGAAAAUAUUGAAUUAUUCAAAAAAAUUUGUAUACGUGAAAGAUGUCCAUUUGCAGAUGUUGGUAUUGCUACAGAAAAACAAGAUUUAAUUUUACUGGAUUCCUUACUAAAUACAACUCCGAUAAAUUUACCAAUGUCGAUUUUGUUUGGUAAACCACCAAAGAUGUCUCGUAGAACAAAUACUGUGAAAUCUUUGCGUGUACCAUUUGACACAAGCUUGAAAAGUUAUCUUACAAAUAUUAUAUU